CUCAGACUAGUCAGAGAGUUUGCCAGGAAUCUCUGACCAGAUCAGAGGCAGAGGCAGUGACUCGCCUGACUAUUUACAACACUGGCGGUCACCAGGUCACAGUCCCGCUCACCAGCCGGGCAACCACCUACGAAUUACUCAGGCACACUCUUACGGCCGUUCGUAAUGGAGAUUUGUCGUCGACUCCUUCCUUCUCGUUACAAUUAAUUUUUGUUUUGUUUUGUUUAGAUAGCUGCUGGGACCUAAGUCCUUGCACGGCUGGACACUACGCCGGGUAUCGCCAUUCAUUCGACUCUAGUUCUGCGUGUAAAAUAAUUGCUCAUUUUCUUGUGGUGGCCACGCGUAGCUAGAUCUACGCUCGGAGCCUGACGGGUGCCUUCCGGCCUUGCUGACGUGCGAGGCAAGCAGAAAAGCCCCUGGCCCUACAUACGGAAUAUCCGUGCACCAGCAAGUCGCGAAGACCAGCGAAGAUAGCCGUAGCGGCGUGCGCAUCGGUCGCCGCGGAGCGAGUGGGCGGGCGCACCGUCUAAUCGGAUCCGCGGAUCUCUAGCUUCGUGACCAUCUACUUGAUGUCAUAACGUAGUCUUCACUUGCUGGCGACCGGGUUAUCCACAACGUUUAUUCUUGCGUGUGAGACCAGCGAAGACAUUGACUCAAACAACCAUUCAUCAGUGUGCAAUCGACGUUUCCAGAGAUCAUUUCACAAGGACGCAUGGCAUCUGGCAAGCAACAGCCAGUUGCGGCUGGUGGUGGAUUCAUGUCCUCCGCCAAAGCCGCGCCUCUCAGUAAGGACACCCAGGACCUGAUGAAAGUUAUGAUGAAGGAAUCAAACCUAACAGCGGUACAGCGUCGGCAGCUUGGAGAGUCUGUUAAAGCCGGCAAGCCUCUACCUCGUCAGUGCGGUCCUGCAGGUAGCAGACACACACCAUCAAAGACCACGGCUCAAUUGACGCAGCAGCCACACAGGAAAGCAGCACAGCGGCAAGGUAUUGGUGGCGGAUUACGAAGCAAAGAGGCCAUCGUGAGCAGUGGCGCAUACAAGCCGGAGGCCGCGCUGCCCACAGCAUACACAAAACCUCUUGACUCUGAGAAGAAGGAGAGGCUACAAGACGAGAUGACGUUCGGAGGGAUCUCCGCGGGCGCUAAAACAAGAUCGAGGACCACGCAAAGACCGCCGUCUCCACAAGAGCCGCCGGAUAGAUUUGACGAAGUUCUUGAAGAAAUUGAGGAAAGAAAAGUGUUCCUGGCAGACAUGGAGGCGGUGGGUCGGGGUGGCGAAUACCGCGCCAUUAUCAACACAGAAAUCUCAUUGAAAAUCCGCGAGCUCGACGAGAUUGAUCGGAAGCGUUCGUCAGCGCUGCGAGAUCGUCUCCUCUGACAAGAUUAGAUGCAACUCA